GCUUUAUCCUGGCCCCAUGGGUGGAAUAGAUGGUUUUUGGGCCAUACUCCAUUAUUAAAGCGGGAUUUCCCAUCGGUGGCAAUUGCUUUGUCUCAUAUCUGGCAUGUUGCAUUUAUCCAUUUGGCUGGUCGUAUAUGGGGGCAUGUUCAGAGGGCAGCUGGUGGUGGUUUGGUUCAUCGCCGGUUUUGAUCUUCGAGUUGUUUCUUGGUGUU